GCAAGGCGCCAUUUCUCGUCUCGACGGCGGUGGCGGCGCGCGCGAGGUGCUCGGUGAAAUGCCCACGUGAGCCCGGCGCUCUCGGAUACGACGCCAAACUCCCCAUGCUUGCCGCGCGCGGUCUCUGUAGGCUCGCGGCGGUGGUCUGCCUCGCGCGCCGCGCCGCGUCUGGUAUGGCGGCACUGCAUGGUGCCGGCGCCAGCGCGCGGUUCCACGACUACGACGUCGCCGUCACGGCGUGCGUCGAGAGGCGGGCGCUCCGGGAGGGACGGCAGGUGCACGCGCGCAUGGUGGCGUCGGGGUACCGCCCGGCGCUGUACCUGGCGACACGGCUAGUGAUCAUGUACGCGAGGUGCGGCGCGCUGGAGGACGCGCGGAACGUGCUCGACGGGAUGCCCGAGCAGAACGUGGUCUCGUGGACGGCCAUGAUCUCGGGGUAUUCUCAGAACGAACGGCCCGCCGAGGCCUUGGAGCUGUUCAUCACGAUGCUCAGAGCUGGAUGCAAGCCUAAUGAAUUUACUUUGGCAACAAUCCUUACAUCAUGUACUGGCCCUGAAGGCAUAAACCAGAUCAAGCAAGUCCAUUCUCUUGUUGUAAAGACAAAUUUUGAGUUGCACAUGUUUGUAGGGAGCUCCCUUCUUGCCAUGUAUGCCAAGUCAGAGAAUAUCCAAGAAGCUCGGAGGGUGUUCGAUAUGCUUCCAGUAAGGGAUAUUAUUUCCUAUACCGCUAUUAUAUCUGGCUACACCCAACUGGGCCUUGACGAGGAAGCCUUGUACUUGUUCAGACAGUUGUACAAUGAGGGGAUGCAAUGCAAUCAAGUUACCUUCAUGGCUCUUCUCAAUGCAUUGUCUGGGCUUGCUUCCCUGGAUUAUGGCAAGCAGGUUCAUGGGCUAAUACUUCGUAAAGAGUUGCCAUUUUUCAUGGCUUUACAGAAUUCUUUGAUUGAUAUGUACUCCAAAUCUGGCAAGCUUUUAUACUCACGAAGAGUAUUUGACAACAUGCCCGAGAGAUCAGUCGUUAGUUGGAAUGCGAUACUUAUGGGAUACGGAAGGCAUGGCCUAGCACAUGAAGUUGUUCAACUUUUUAGAUCUAUGCGUGAAGAAGUGAAGCCUGACAGUGUUACUCUGUUGGCUGUUUUGUCCGGCUAUAGUCAUGGUGGGCUGGUUGAUGAGGGCCUUGAUAUGUUUGAUCUUAUGGUCAAAGAACAAAGUACAAUCCUCAACAUUGAACAUUAUGGGUGUGUUAUUGAUCUUCUUGGACGUUCUGGACAACUUCAGAAGGCAUUAAAUUUGAUACACAAGAUGCCAUUUGAGCCAACUCGAGCAAUUUGGGGUUCAUUGCUCGGCGCUUGCAGAGUUCAUGUUAAUGUUCAUGUCGGUGAGCUUGUUGCUCAGAAACUUCUUGACAUUGAACCGGAAAAUGCUGGCAACUAUGUGAUCCUUUCUAACAUUUAUGCCUCUGCUGGGAUGUGGAAGGAUGUUUUCAGAGUGAGGAAGUUAAUGUUGAAAAAGACAGUGAUAAAGGAACCAGGGCGGAGCUGGAUAAUUCUUGACAAGGUUAUUCACACCUUCCAUUCUAGUGAGCGUUUCCAUCCCAGGAGGGAAGAUAUACAUGCUAAGAUCAAAGAGAUAUAUGUUGAUAUUAAAGCAGCUGGUUUUGUUCCGGACCUGAGCUGUGUACUGCAUGAUGUUGAUGAUGAGCAAAAAGAACGCAUGCUUCAUGGCCACAGUGAGAAGCUGGCGAUAACGUUUGGACUGAUGAGUACUCCUCCAGGGCUAAGCAUCCGGGUCAUGAAGAACCUUCGCAUCUGUGUUGACUGUCACAAUUUUGCUAAGUUUGUUUCAAAAGUUUACGGAAGAGAGAUAUCCCUCAGGGACAAAAAUCGGUUUCAUGUACUUGCAGAAGGAGCUUGCACCUGUGGAGAUUACUGGUGAAAAAUAUGAUGUUAUAUUAUUCAUUUCUUAGCUGACAGGGAGAGAUGUUCUGGUUAGUACUUCAGGCUAUGGAUAUGCAAUGAUCCAUUGAAUAGACUGAGAGGAGUGAAUGGAAAACAUCUUGUGUUCCACAUUCUGAGUUCAGAUUGGAACAGAAGUUCAGAAAAGAUUUGCUGCAAAGAACUACUCCCAGGGCUAUAUGAAAGGUUUGGAGCUUUGCAAAUGUCAGUUGCCAGAUAAUACUCAUGUGGCGUGUCAUUUAAGGCAUGCUUAAGGAAUCUUGGCACUUUCUCACCAUUGGCUGUGUAUUCCUGGUAAUCUUAUGAACUGAGGUUCUUCAAUGGGAAAACUGCAGCUGUCGCAGUAAAGCAGCAAUUCAAUUGGAAAACUGCAGCUAUCGCAGUAAAGUGGCAAUUCAGUCAUUUUCACUGACCGUAUUCUUAUCUUGGCAUUUCGCUCUGCAUUUCUGAGUAAUGUUAGACUGUCUUCAGAUGCAGCUCACUAUAAUUUACAGGGUGAUCUUUAGACGUUUCAGAGUAUCUUCAGAUGCAAUUCACCAUUGGUAGCUUGUUGUCCCCCAAGUCUUUAUCACCUUGUGCACUGAGGUAAUAAUAUAAGGGCCGUUGAUGCUGUGUCAACUCAUGGCAAUUAAACUGAUUAUGGUUAGAACUAGUUACAAUUUACAACUGAAGCUGUUACGGAUUCUGCUAUUAUUGGUCCUUAUAGUUUGUCUUUUCAUGAAGCUGCAGCAAUAACAAGACCCUUACAAAACUAUUAUGGUUGGAAAUUGCUAUUUGAGGAAGCUUUUGUGCAUAUGACAGUUCCUGUUGUAUGUAUUAUCAUGAAUCUACAAUGCCAACAAGGUCCAAAAAAUCUAGAAUGGUUGGCAUUAGCUAUUGAAGAAAUUUCAAUGCAUAUAGGAUUUCUGAUCAAUAAUACUUUCCUAUCAUUGGACAAAGUAUAAUGGAGAGCUAUCUUUAUUACUUAGUUUAGUGGAAUGUUGUGACCCGUCCAAGGACAAACUAAUACCCUUGCUAUAAAUUGAGCUAGGAAUCAAUCUCAACAUAAGUAGACUUCACAGAUGAUUACAAACACAAU